GAAGUUCAGCUUGCAAAGCAAACUGUCAAAACAAACGUGCAAAGUUCUCAAAAAUUUAAUAAAAAUCUUAAUUUUUUGGCUAAAUACUACCCAGAUUUUUAGUAAAAGCUUUAAAUUAGUGUUUCAGUAGUCAAUUCUAGGAUACACAGUGCUAAACCGGUCGUAAUAUGCUCGCAGAACCCGUAAAACCAACAAAUUAUGUUUUGCAGCCACGUGGGAAACCGCUCUAUGAAGAUGAAAAUAGUUUUGGAAUGCGUAUGCUAACCAAGAUGGGCUGGAACAAGGACAAAGGCCUAGGGGCAAAGGAAGAUGGCUCCAAGGACUUUAUAAGAAUUCGCUAUAAGAACAGUAGUUCAGGAAUGGGCUUUGAAGAUAAAGAUUCGCAGUGGACUGAGCAUGAAGACAAGUUCGGUCAGUUGCUGGAGAGUCUAAGGAGCGGAGAAGGAGGUGAAAACUCCAGAAAUCGGGAAUCUCUGGAAGAAAAAUCCAAGAAUUCAAAAGCAAGAGUUCACUACAAAAAGUUUACCAGGGGAAAGGAUUUAUCGCAGUACAGUGAGAAGGAUUUGGCGAAUAUCUUUGGGAGGAAGACCCUGAAGAUCGAGGAGAAGAAGGAGAAAGAAGAGUUAGAAGAGGAUCGUCCGUCAACGAGCAGUUUUGGAGUUCAAACUGUUCUUUCCAAAAUUUCAAGUGCUGAGUAUUUCAGGAAGAAAAUGAAUAAUACUGAAUCCCCAAGCCAAGGAGAUCCUGAAGAGCCUGGAAAAAUUUCAAAGAAGAAGAGGAAGAGGGAAAUUGAAGAAGCAGAGCAAGUUUCGGAAGAAAGUGAAGAGACUCCGGUUAAAGAGAAGAAAUUAAAGAAGAAAAAGAAGCAGGUUGAUGGAGAGCUAGAGAGUUUAUCUUCUUGCCAGGAAAUACUUGAAGACAACACUCCGAUUGAAGAGGAAAGCCAGGAAAUUGGAGAGGUCCUGGAAACUUCUUUAAAAAAGAAGAAGAACAAAAAGAAUUCCAAGGGGCAAGUCCAGGAAAUUCCCAAGGAGUCUCAAGGAGCGGAGGAUCACCACAAACAAAAAGAAGAAGUUAAAGAGGUAGAAAUGCCUCCAAAGAAAAUAAAGAAGCAAAAGGUUCUGAAAGAAAUGCUUCCGGAAAACCCUGGAGAGCAAAAACCUGAAGAAGUAUCAAAUCUUCCGAUUGAAAUAUCCUCAGAAGUCUUAGCUGAAGGACUCAAGCCCAAGAAGAAGAGGAGAAAAAACAAGGAAGAAGCUCCAGAGAGCAGCCAUAAGUCUCCGGAAGAAGACUCCCAAAAAGCCUUCAGGAAAGAGAAACUCAAUGAAGCUGCUGAACUCUUCAUUGAUAUAUCAUCGGAUGCUCUGGACGAUGUGAAACCCAGUAAGAAAAAGAAGAACAGGAAAGAAGUUUCAGAGAAAAGCCAAAAGUCUCCGGAAGCAGAGUUACAAAGAAGCUUCAGCAAGGACAAAUUGGAAGACGAAGCCUCUGAGGAAGUAUGUAAAAUACCUAUUGAAAUAUUAUCAGAAGCCUUACCUGAAGAGCCCAAGUCCAAGAAGAAGAGGAAAAAGAACAAAGAACAAGCUCCAAAGAGCCUCCAGAAAUCUCCGGAAGAAGACUUACAAGACAGCUUAAAGGACAAAAUUAAUGAAGAAGCAGCUGACGAAAUAUAUAAGAUUCCUAUUGAAACAUCUUCAGAGACCACUCCUGAAGGACCUAAACUUAAGAAGAAGAGGAAAAAGAACAAAGAAGAUGCUCGAGAAAGCAUCCAGGAGUCUCCGGAAAUAGGUUUACAAGAAAGCUCAAAGGACGAAAUUAAACAAGAAAGAAAUGAAAAAGUAUCAAAUCUUGCGAUUGAAAUAUCUUCGGAAUCCGAAAUUGAAGAACCUAAGCCCAAGAAGAAGAGGAAAAAUACCAAAUUUGAAGCUCCAGAAAGCCUUCAGAAGUUCUCGGAAGAUGUUUUGCCAGAAAGUGAAGAACCUUCCGGAAAGACCAAUAAAAAGUCGAAGAAACUCAAGAAAGAUGCAAUCAAGGCUGAAGAUCUUGCUCCAGAGCUUCAGGAAGCUCUCAAGGCUUAUAGUCCUUCAGGAGAAAUUAUUUACAAGCUCCCUAUGCAGAGAUGCGAUGCCCUUCUCAAUCUCAAUGCGAAUGCCUUGAAAGGAAGCAACUUUUCCAGCAUCAUUGGAUACCGUUUGAAUGAGAAAAUCGAUAUUAGGCUCGUUGAACCAUGUGAGGAAGACAAGGAUGCGUCUUCCCAGGAAGCUAAGGACCCCAAAAGUGUUCCAUAAUUUUGAAGAUUUUAUAAAAUAAAUAAUUUUGACCGCGAAAUCCUUUCCGGGAAAGUCGGUAUUGCAGUGCAGGGAAAA